AAAUAAAUGCUAAAGCACCAAAUUGAUGGCGAAGAGAUAGAAGUAGAGAAAGCUGAUCUUAUCUGCGAGGAUAGUUUAGACUUAUCUCAAUGUGACUCUUCUGUACCCCAGGAUUAUUCACAUGAAGAGGUUGAUGAAUUAAUCUUAAGAAUCAAAAGAAACUGCUUCAAAGGAUUCUUCAAGAAAGCAGGUGACCAGCUAGGAGUUUUGGAAGACCUGAUAGAGAAAGCUAAGAGUGAAGAACGGAAGAUACCCAAUGACCACACUCAUUUUAUUAAUAGUGAAGAAGCCAAUAGACUCAGAGAAACCAGAGAGAUGUUGGAUCAGUGUCUAAAGUCAAUGAUCAGAUUUGAGGAAGACUGGAAAUUAUAUAAAGAUGGAGGUGACUGGAAGAUCUUCAACAAGCCAGAUACUUUUGUCAGAGGUUCGAAUGGCUACGAAUUCGGAAUUGAGACAAUCAUUCAUUCCAAUUAUAUUAACCCAGUUGUGAUGAUCAAUGAGAUAGACCUUUAUAAGCAAUGGUUCCCAAAGGUUAAAGGCACUGAAGUUAAGGCAAAAGAUGGUGAAUUCAGAAAGCUAGUUUACCAAGAACUUGAAUUCCCCUGCCCGUUUUCAAAUAGAGAUCUUGUCAUGAAUGUAGUUGGAUGUAUCUUACCUGAGCAAAAUGCUCUUUGAAGUAUUUGAAAAAGUGAGGAAAGCUCUUGGUAUGGAAAUAACGGGCCUGCUCCAAUUGAUGGAAUUGUACGUAUGAAGCUUCAUAAUAGCUUUUCAUACUUACAAAUCUUGAACGAUGACGAAACAUUACUCAGAGUAAUGAUUAAUAUCGACUUCAAACUAAAAUUUGUGCCCGAUUGGCUCAUAAAUUAUUUCAUUGUGCCAAGAUUAUCAGAAUGGAUUGAAAAUAUCAAAGACAAUUGAUUGAACUUUAAAGGAACUUACUAUGAAUCAAGGCUUCAUGAAGGUUCUGUUUACAGGUACAUCAAAUCUAGACUUGAAAAAGAGGAAGAAGAUCAGCCUGAAGACGAAGGAGAAUAAGAUAUUUUCUAUAAGGACUAUCUUUCAACUUUA